AUUGAUCGUUUUAAAGAGCCACCAGCCUAUGGAUCAAUGUGUGAUCUGUUGUGGUCUGAUCCAUUGGAGGACUUUGGCAAUGAACAGAAUACCGACAACUUCUCCCAGAACUCUGUUCGUGGUUGUUCCUACUUUUUCAGUUACUCGGCUUGCUGUGAUUUCCUUCAGGCGAAUAACCUUCUUUCCAUUAUCCGGGCUCAUGAAGCACAAGACGCAGGGUACCGAAUGUAUCGAAAGAACCAGGCCACUGGAUUUCCAUCCCUCAUAACCAUAUUCAGCGCUCCCAAUUACCUUGACGUAUACAAUAACAAGGCCGCUAUUCUGAAAUACGAGAACAAUGUGAUGAACAUCAGACAAUUUAACUGCUCCUCCCAUCCCUAUUGGCUGCCUAACUUCAUGGACGUUUUCACCUGGUCGUUGCCCUUUGUCGGAGAAAAGGUUACCGAGAUGCUGGUGAACGUGUUGAAGAUCUGUUCAGACGACGAAUUGCUCUCAGAUGCCGAUGACACAUUUGAAGUGCCGCAAACAGGAUUAACGUUGAAUUCUCCAGGUAAGAGGGAAUGUGGGCCGGGCUCAGGUGGAACAGUAGCAGCCCGGAAAGAGGUUAUCAGAAACAAGAUUCGGGCGAUUGGCAAAAUGGCACGUGUCUUCACUGUCCUAAGUUAUCCUAGUUAUAUUACCCGAGAGGAUGAGAUAGUUAUUCAACAAGAGAAUUCAAUAUCUUCAAUUCUAGAAACGGGAACUUACAAGCAAGUGGAUGGACUUCAUCACUUGGACACUAGAGAGGAAAGCGAAAGUGUGCUGGAGUUGAAGGGCCUGACGCCGAAUGGAAUGCUUCCGUUUGGAGCCCUAUCUGCACUGUGUGGAGUCGCACCGUAUCAUAAGAUAACAUCAUUCGAGGAGGCUAAAGCGAUCGAUUUGAUUAACGAGAGAAUGCCACCACGACACGACCUUUCAGCAACUUCAACGAAUUCAACCACCACGGCAGCUGCUGGAAAUUCUUCCUCGAGUCGUUCUCGUAUGGGUACAACAAGCUCCACAAAACAUCACUCCCAACCCCAAGCUCCACAACAGAACAGUGGAGCAAAUGGUGAACGGGGUUCUAACACGUCCUCGUCAUCACAGCACCAUCACCGUCAUCGCAAGUCAUCUGUUAAUGCCCAGGAAGCAUCUAGCAGCCCUGGGAGUGGUGGUGGAAUGAACCUGGAUCACCGUCAUCGAUCUCUUAACUCUUCUUCCUCCUCCCCUCGAAAUUCCACAUCUGUCACUGCCGCCAACCCCGCGUCAAACACCUCUUAUUCGAAUUCUGGACGUCUUGGGCGCUCAUCAAAUAGCGGCAGUUAUAGAUGA